CAAAAAUAACAUGUUGAUUCAAAAAAUAUCAGGAAGGAUAGGAGUAUAUUGUAGAUUAUGGCGUUAUAAUCAGCAAAUAUGACAGUAGUUUUCAGAAAAACAAAAAUGGCCACAGCUCCUAUUCCUGAUUUAAAAGAUCUGAUUGAUCAGGCCAAGGAACUAUUCAAGGAAACAUUCGGGGAGGAGCCACAGGUUGGAGGCUCUGCACCGGGCAGAGUAAAUCUGAUUGGUGAGCACACUGAUUACAAUAUGGGAUUUGUACUGCCUAUGGCGCUACCUCUUGUCACCGUUGUUCUUGGGAAAAAAUCAGGGAAUGGGGUGAGUAGAAUGAGAAGUGAGAAAGAUGAUGAUAUUGCAGAGUUUAAUGUUAAACAACUGACUCCAGGUUCCCCCUCAUGGGCCAAUUAUGUUAAGGGUGUUGUUGCUAACUUCCAUGCUCCUGACUUGAUUCCCAACUUCAAUGCUGUUGUUGUUGGUUCAGUUCCUCUUGGUGGAGGAGUUUCAAGCUCAGCCUCAGUUGAGGUUGCCAUGUACACCUUCUUAGAGGAGUUGACCGGCUCCACAGCUGGCUCAGAUGAAGAGAAAGCUUUGGCUUGUCAAGCAGCAGAACAUCAGUAUGCUGGUAUGCCAUGUGGUAUAAUGGACCAGUUCAUUAGUGUAAUGGGAGAGGAGGGAAGUGCUGUAUUGAUUGAUUGCAAAACAAUGGAAACCAGGAAGGUUGAGUUAAAGGACCCCAGUAUAGCUGUGCUAAUUACAAAUAGUAAUGUUAAACAUCAGCUCACUGGAUCAGAAUAUCCGAGCAG